ACCUACUAUCAGCAUCGAAGGAUUACACCCAACGGUGUAUCCUGGCAUUUUAGAUCAUUCGUCUCCACAUCACACACGUACAUAGUAUUGUAUACAAUAUACAUACGUACUAUCUAGUAUCAACAAGUUCCGUCAUACUUACAUUUUAUUCAAAAACAAAACAAUAAUAAAAUACAGCAUACCUUCUGUUUUGGCUGUCAUAUCGUGAUUUUAAAUAAAAACAGAAACAAUAUAUUUUACAUACAUUAACACCGUUAAAAAUGCCUAUAACUCGAGACCUACGCCCAGACAUUACAUUUUUAAGGACUCAUAAUCUCAUGAAUGACCACAUGAUCGCAAAUCUCCUUAAAGAUAGAAAAUCGUUCAUCCAACAAACAGCUACCGAAGAAAUAACAAAAAAAAAAUAUCUGAAAUCAAUAGAAUUUGAAUUGAACGUGAUGCGCCUUUGCAAACAAGAACUCAAAAAAUAUGGACCAUUAGCGAUAUACAAUCCUCAACAUUCCAUUAUUCUUAUUUGUAUAUCCAACCAAAUCGAUUACUUAUACUAUACCAUGUUUCAAAAUUGUUCAUUCAAAAAAGAGUUAUUGAUCGAAUACAUGGAAUUCCAAACAAAUCAUAAAAGGUUUAUAACCAACGAAAUACAUCCAUUGGUUGUACUUAUGUCAAAAAAAAAUUGUGAUUCUAAUUUGUAUAUAACUGCAGCGACAUACCAAUUUGAACAUCACGAUAUUGAGGCUGCAAGAAAUUUUUUUAACGAAGGAAUUCUAAAACACAAAAAUGACAAAAAUCUGCGUAUAGAACAACUUUGGGUAGAAAUACAAUAUUUGGAAGAUAGAAAGGGGGAAUAUCCAUGCCAAGUAGCUAUACAAAAGUACAAAGAAACAAUCAAUUAUUUCCAAGGUGAUAUUGUAUUACACAUUACUUUACUUGAAAAGUCUCUACAAUUUAAAACUAUGAGGAGUCUUCAUUCCGCUAUUAUCUCCGAUUUUGUUGAACUAUACAAAGAAAAUGAUCUGAUGUGGAAAAAAGUUGCUGAAUUAGCUUCAGAAGGACUUACAUAUUAUCACGAUCAGAAUUUGUUUGAAUACACCACUAACGGCGAAUGCAGAGCUAGGUGUUGUAUAAAAGUGUACGAAAAAGGUUUAGAAACACUAUUUGAUAAGGAAAAAAAACGUAAUUUAAUUGAAAAUUUUACCGAAUAUUUAAUAAAACAAUGGUUGACUAAUUCUAUCAAGAAUUAUCAAAUCAGAUAUGCAGUGCAAGAUGCUAUGGAACGAGCAUUCCAAAUGGGCCACUUUGAGCUUGGAGGUCUACAUAAACCAGAGUAUUACGUUUAUUGGGCUGAACAUACACAGGCUAGACGUCUAAACAUUUUGAGGCUGGCUAUUGAACAUAACAAGAGUAACGUUGAUCCAUGGACCACAGUCUUAGAACUUCAAAUUACGUUUAAUGAACCUAAUUAUAGAUUCAUAAAAAAGAUAUUUGAGGACGGUGUUCAGGCUCUAAAAAACGAUUCGUUACUCUUGUGGGAUGUUAUGGAUAGCUAUUUGCAGAAUAACAACCUCAAACUGCUCGAAGAAUUUUACGAAUCCGGGGCUAACAGCCCUUAUGAAAAUAUAAAUAUGGUAUACAGAGCCGAGUACCUUCAAUGGUACGUCUUAUACAAUGAUAUGGCCUCCACUCGAGAGCUGUUCUCCAAUUUGACAAGCAUACAACCAGAUUGCAAGAAGUUGUACAUGAUCAUGAUAGGUUACGAGAAAUUGGUGACACCGGUCAACGUCGUUACUAUAAAAAAUUUAUACAACAUAGUGUGCUCGAGGUUUGGCCAACAAGAAAAUGAAAUUAAAGUGUUUACUGAUUUCAUUCAGUUCGAGUUCACAUACUGUAAUGGAUUAGACGCUGAAAAUGUCUAUAAUAAUGUACUUCAAUUUGUCAACCCAAGUUUGAGGAGAGCUUUGAAAGACUCGUAUAACUCAAUGAAACAAGAUUACAUAAUACGACGCAGUUUCAUCCGGAAUGAUCGAGGUAUACAAAGCUUUUCAGAAGGUGAAGAAGAGUAAAGGCCAAUUGAUAAAUUCUUAUUUUUUUUUCUUCUUUAUGUUUAGAUUUAAUCAUAUCUAUAUGUUACGUGUACUUACAUGUCAUAUUGACAUAUUGUUAAUAUUUGCUAUUGCUAGUGUUGCAUAUUUUGUUUAAAUGUUUAUUUAUUAUUUAGUAAUAAAAGUUGAUAAAUAUUUAAAACUAUUAAUGACUAAUAUUUAAUAUUAAACACUACCUAUGUAGUACUUAAGUAGUUAAUUGCCUAAGUAAAAUACAGAAUAUUAUACCUAAUAAUAAUUGUGAUGAAAUAAUUUAAUUAUAAUUAAAUUAAUAAAUACCUAAUAAUAAAUUGUUGAUAGGUAUUUAAAAUAAUUAAUUUAUUAAAAAUAUUGUACUAGAUUUUCAAGUUUUUUGACUUGAAAUAAACAUUUUUAUUAAAAACAAAAUAUAUCGAAAAUUAAAUAAAUUAAAUUAUUAAUUAUGUAUAAAUUAAUAUUGUAUACUUUAAUAGCUUAAAAAGUUAAAUUAUAAUAUAAAUAGCUUAACCAUUUAUUUUAUUUUAAUUUAUUUUAAUUAGGUAAUUAACACAUUAUAAGAAAUUGUAUGCAGAUUAAACUUUUGUAAAAUUAUGUUUAUAAUGAAAUCUUAAGAGAAGUUGAGAUUAAAUACGUGGAAACUUUUAUUAGUAAAAAUAUAAUGAAUAAUUUAAAAUAAUAGCGGCGCGGUGGCCGUCUAUUCCAUAAUUUUGCUUUGUUUUAACCAUUCUCGUUACAGCCGCGUGGUGGGGGUUUGAGGAAAUGUCGGCCGCGCGUUGGUAGUGCGUUGGCGGCUGGCCGACCGGUUGACGUCACUGACCACCAUCAUAGAGUCAUUACUGUCAUUUACUUAGUGGUCUGUUUCAGUAACUAUAAAAUUGUAUAUUAUAACUGUAUUAUGCAUAUAACGGUAUACCUACCGUACACGUGGUUUAUUGAAUGUGAAGCUUAAAAUUUUAUAAAUUAAAUAUAAACUAUUAAAUGUAUUAAAUAUGUAUAAUAUUAAUAUAUAUAUGUACCUAUCAAAUAUAUUUUACACAUUUUAUAUUAUAUGUAUAUGAAAAAUAAAUUAAAAUCUAAAUUAUAUAUUUAUAUAUGUAUAAGGCGAUGUAUUUAUGGUUAUGGUUUAAAAUACUCGAGAGAAGUCGACUAAUACAGCUGAUAUAAAAUUAAAAUUAGUGAUAUAUCUAAUAUAUUGUAGUUAAUAUUUGAAAAAUCAGCUGUAUCUGAGUGUAAGUUGGUUUUUUUAUGUUAAUUACAUUGUACCACCGA